GGGCCGCCCCUCCAGCCCCUUCCGCCGCCCCUCCUCUCCGCCCUCCCGCUCCCUCUUCCCGUCCCGGCCGGGAAGGCGCCGGGCUUGGCCUCGCUCCCCUUGGUGGCCGAGCCAUGAGCUAGCCGCCCAUGCCGCUUCCUGCCCUCCCGCGCCCUCCGCGCCGACCCCGCGUCCCCUCCCCGCACCCGGAGGGAGGCCGCGGCCCGCGGGGCGGCUGCUCGGGCCCGACCCCACCCGGACCCCGGGGCGGCCCGCAGAGCUGGGAGACGAGCCGGGCGCGCCCCGAGGGCCGAGGCCUGCGGGCCGCACUCCCCGAGCCCCGGCCGGAGCCUGUGCGCCCCGGUCCCCGAAGCGAGCCUGGGAGGGAGAAGGGGCGAGAGGAGGGCCUGGCCUCCCCCGGGGAUGGAGGGGAUGGAGGCGGCAGCCCGACCUGCCGGCGGCAGCCUUCACCUUUCCCACUUAGAGCAAGAACAGCACUUGGGCCGUAGACUCCGGCGGCUCCAAGCCGCACCAGUCGGUACCCCGCGGUCCCCAGUGAGAAAGCUCUCAUCCUUUCCCGGCUCCGGAGAUGGAUUGGCUCUGGAAUGCUGUUCCACAGCUUACCCAAAAGAAAGUUCUUUUCCUGUGACUGAAAUUGCUCCCCCUUGCAUUCGAAUCCCCUGCCUUCUGGAUUGAACCUUGGAAGAGAGGAAUGGGUGGUUGGACUGCGAAGAUGAAGUGGAGGGCCCCAAACAGGGAGCAGAACAGCCAGUUCCAUGGAGGUGACGUCAGCUGUGGAGAGAAGUGGCCCUGAGCCACAGCCGGAGAAUGGACACCUCCCAAGACACUGGCCCUGUCCUCAAGAAGACAGAACACCCAGCCUAAUGGCCCCCCAGCCUCCCGGGGCAUGGGGUAUACAGCUCCACAGCAGCCCCUCGGUGCUGGAGUCCAAGGUGAGAGCCUUGAAGGAGAAGAUGACAGCAGGCAAACAGGGGGCAAGCCCCUGCCUCACUUCCCACGAGCGGCCAAACCUCAAGAAACCCAAAUGCAGACGCGUCAAGGUGGGGGGAACCAGGACUCCAUUGGAGGGCCCUGGCCUGCCCAGUGCUGUGGUGGUCCUCCAUGCUCAGAGCCCCGGUGCUGGGCAGCUGGGCAGAAGCGUCACCGAGGAGGAGUCCUCCAGAAAUGGGGGCCCUGGGCCUCCCAAGCCUCCUGCUCCCGGGCCUGAGUGCUGGAACAAGAGGAGGCCUUGGACUCCAGAAGCGGUUCGGACACGGCCUGACCACGACAGGGCUCUGCAGCCAGGGCCUGGCUCUUCGCAAGAGAGCCCCACCCGCAGAGUCACUUCAGGCCGGCCUGCGGGCUCUGGGCCUUGUAGCAAAACCACCCAUGUGCCCAACCGGAGGAAAGGAAGGUCAUACCCACUGCAGGAUGGUCUAGUCAUGAGGGGAGACCUGGAUAGCUUGUCUCUGACCUCCGAGGAGGACUGUGUCCCCAGGCCAGCCUUGCUGGGGGAGCUCUGGAGGGCUGGAGACCUGGGAGCCCCGGGCACUGAGGGCAGCACCUUGUCCCUGUCUGACCGAGUGGAGAGGAAUCGCCUUCUGCUGCAGGAGAUGCUGAGUGUUGGGGGGCAGGGCCCCCCCAAGGUGGGGAUCCCAGCCUGGACUUCAUCCUGGGACAGAGCUGUGCCAGAGCGACCAGCAGGGGAUAUUGACUGGGACUCCGGGAUCUCCCUGCAGGACUCGGACCAGAGCAGGACCUUUGGUCCCAAGCUGGAGCCCAGGCUGAGCCCCAGGCACGAGGAAGCCAAACAUCUGCUGCAGCGAGCCCGCAUGAAGGCCAGGACCCGGCCCCUCCGCGCCAGCCACGAUGUCGUGCCCGCCCUUGCCCGGGGCAGCCGAGAUGGGCGGAAAAGCACAGCUCUGGACCCGAGGAUGACCUUGGCCUGCAAAGACAACCUCCAGAACGGGAACACGAGUGACUCUUCCAGCGGGGAGUCCAGCAGCGGGCAGUGGCCGAAGCGGGGCGCCUCCCCAUCCCACGUCCGCUUUGAGGAUGAGUCCGCGCGCGACGCCGAGUCCCGCUACCUGGAGCGGCUGCAGCAGCGCCAGCGCCAGGUGCUGAGCUCCGCGCUGCAGCCGGCGGACCAGGGCCCGCUGCGCUCCAAGCCCGACCUCGCCGACUACAUCCACGGGGGCUGCCGGCACCGGGGUGCGGGCGCGGGGACUCUCCACCCUCUGCUGGGCGGACUGGAGCCCAGGGGCCUCCCCGCGCCGCCGACCGCUCGGGUCAGCGAGAGGAGGUGCCGCGCUUGCGGCCACCGCGUCACCCCCGACCCGCGAGUCCGCCUGGAGUGCGAAGCUGCCUGCAGCACGGAGGGGGCAUUGGCGCAGCCCCGCAGCUCUCGGGGCCUGAGCGCCCCGCUCCGGCUCCUCCUCGCCGAACCCCGGCUCCGCACCGAGUCGAUCCGGGAGACACACAUCGGCGAGCAGGAGCGCCCCGAGGAGGUGGACUCCGCCCUGGACAGCACGGACACCUCGGACAGCUGCAGGACGGACAGUGAGGAGGCCGGGAGCGCCCAGCCCAGCAGGGCCCGCGGCAGCAGCCCCCGUCCGCGGGGCUGCAGGCCUCGAGGAGGCCACAGGUUGUUCCGCAAGGCUGACACGGAGCCGCCCCGGAGCCCUCAGGCCCCACACUACCUGCCUGGUCUGGAGCCCCUGGAGGUGUCAGAUGAGGUGGCAGGAGGCACGGGACACAUGCUUGAGGGGACUGUGCUCCCCAGGGAAGAUGAGUUCUCAAAGCCUUCUGUCCAGGACUCCAGGAGGGCUUCCCCGGGGCCCCAGGGGCAGCCUGGGCCAGGGCUGGAGAAUCACUGGGCUCACCCCCUGGAUUCCCUCGCUCUGCACAGGAGAGCCCGUGCCAUCGCCUCUGCGAGGAAACUGGGAUCCUCGGGGUCCGGCAGACACACUCCAGCUACAGAAAUUCAGGAGUCUCUGGGAACUGUCUCCCCACAACAGAGCCAUGAAGAGCCCUCUGCCUCCCACCAGGCCCAGCAGCCAGCUGCGUCCCUCUCCCCUGAAGGCUGGGUGCCAACCCCUCCCGCCUCAAAGAAAACCACCUCACCCGUGUCUCACAGGAAGGCAGCCUUGGCUGGGCUCCACAGGCCGGGUGACCAGGGAGAGCCUGUGGACAUCCCUCUGCCUCCUUCAAGAAGUGUAGCUCCCAGGACCUGUGAGGUCACCCCUCCACAGCCCCAGCCCCGCAGCCUCCACAUCAGGCACCCACUGCUGGCCCUGUCCACCAACAACUGCAAUAACAGUGCACCCCAGGGGCUGCCGGAGCCCUGGGGAGGAGCCAGCCCUGCGGAGGGGAAGGGCGCCUGCAGCCAGGAGCCCGCAGCAUCCCUGGAGGACUGCAGAGAUGGAGGACCCCAGGGCUGUCUCCACUCAGCAGCUGUUGGCACCAUCAGCUCCGUGGGCAUCAGCUUCUCCCUGGGCUCAGAGGAGCUGGGGUCCAGCCAGGAACCAGAGGGCGGCCUGCAGAGGACAGAGUCGAGUUCUGCAGGACAGGUGUCAUCCCGAACACCGCCAGGGGCCAGUGCGGGGCCCGGCCCGCCCUCAGCUGCCCCUUCGGACAGGAACAAGAAAAGCAGUGUCAGCACCACCUCCGCCCUGGGGCUGAAGAAGUUCUUCUUGGCCCUGAGUCAGGGCCCUCGGCCCAAGAUGGGCAAGUCCCGCAGCUACAGCGUGGAGCAGCUGCAGCCCCCUGCGCCUGGCCCGGCUUCACACAGCAGCACCCCUGCAGUGAAGAGAGCCCCGUCGUUACAGUCCCUGCAUCUGGUGUCACCCUCUCGCCAACAUCGGAAAGCUGCCUCCUUUCAGAGCCUCCAGUCUCUGCUGAGUGGCAAAGUAGACCGGUCCAACCUCUACCUGGUGGGGGAGCCAGGGGACCACAGAGCAGCCGGCAGGCCAGCCAAGGCGCCGCCCCGGCGUGCCCUCAGCGUGGAGGACGUGAGUGCCCCGGGCCUGGCUCGCACUGUGGGCCGCGUGCUGGAGGUGUUCCCGGAUGGCACAAGCCAGCUGCAGCUUCAGCGCUCCCCGGAGGGCACUUUCGGCUUCUGUGUGGCCUCUGGGAACGGGCGCCGGGACUCAGGGUUCUACGUGCAGGAGAUGGCUGACGAGAGCACCGCCAAGCUGUACUCGGGGCUGCUGGGGGUGGGGGACGAGAUCCUCGAGGUGAAUGGGGCCAAGGUUGCAGGGCUGGGCUUGGCUCACAUUCAGGAGCUCCUGGCCCACGCGGAGAGUUUGUCAAUCCGUGUGCUGAGGCAGAGGCCGGUCCCGAGGUGACCCGAAGGUAUCUUUGCCUUUGCUAUCACCCACUUGGAGACCUUGAACCACCCUGGGGAGGGGGGCUGGGAAUGCACUACACAAAGCUGCUUUGUCUAUUGAAAAUGAAUACGGUGGCGUGUGACCCCUGGGCUGUGACUGACCACCCUAGCAAGAGGGGAGGAGCCUGUGUGUGUAUUUUGUUGAAGGGUGUUAGUUUAUGCCGAACUGGGUAAAAAAUCCACCCUGACCACACCUGAGGUUUUGUCAACCUCUUCCUACACCUUUGUUGGCAGCGGAGGAGAGAGAUCCAGUGGGUCCUUCGGUUGGUCCCUGAGCAUCGCCUCACCCCCAGGUCCCAUCCACUCUGUCAGGGGCUCCUUCAGCCACCCCCUCCCCAACUCCAGAACCAAAGAAAGUGCUUGGCCAUAUUGGCCUCAGUCUCACUUCUCCCAGCUCCCAUUUGGCACCUUUGCUAUUUUCCCAGAAAUGGGCAAAGCGUCCUGGGGUAACAGCCUGACAGCCAUUGACCAUAUAUUCCAAACCAAAAAUUGGCAUAUGUGGUCUGGUGUUGAAAACAUCUGGGAGAUGUUAAUCUGGUAGGCAGAAUAUUAAGAAUUUCUGGGAAAUCUUUGUGAUAUAUACAAGUUUGAAGGAAAAAAAAAUGAAACUGAGACCAAUUUCAGGGAAGUGCAGCUGUGGCCAGUGGGUCUGGCCAGACCAGCCCCGCCCCACCCCCGCCUCUGCCCAGAGCAAGGCUGGAGCUGCCGCAGCCUGGCCGUGAGGACCUCUGUCCUCCUUCUCCCGUGACCUCGGACAUGGGCUGCAGCUGGUGCCAGGCUGUCCCCAGCCACAGGCUCUCCGCCCCAACUCCCUGACGGCAGCUGUGGGUGGGCCGAUGGCAGGACAUGAGCAGGGGGAUGGGCUGUCCUGUCUGGGCACUUCACUGCCCUAAGGGUUGGGACUCUGGGAAUAGAUGGCCGUGUGUCAGUCUUAAAUUAUUAAAAAAAAAAAAAAAAAAGAAGAA